AUGAUGUUGAUGAGCAAUCGUGGCAGAGUUACUCGCAUUAUGUGCAUCAAUUGCAACAUAUGUGUUAAUACACUGCGUCGAUACCGUGCUUUGGAACUCGACAUAAAAGUUACCACAUUACUCUGUAGCUGGGUGUAUCCACAAAUCAUUACCGAGGAUGACUAUAUCUGUGAAGCAUGCAGAGAUCUAGCAAUAAGUGUAAAUCAUAGUUUACAAGAAAUAUCUGGCAUUGAUAACCAACAACCUCGACCAAGUCCACAAGGCCACACUAGUGUAUGCCUUUUAUGUGGGUGUUCCCUUUUGCGACGGAAGAGUGACAGAAUAUUGAGAGAUAACCCCAUGGACCUGCAUAAGUUGAUGUUUACUAUUAUUGAAAACAGGGUUGCUCCACGACAGGUAACAGAAACUGAUAAGGUAUGUCACCCUUGUUGGUUGCGGACUCAAAGAGAGGCCCGUCGUACCUAUGAUGUGAACAGACCACAAUCUGCAACUGAGCAUUUGUUAACAGCAGAUAUGCCUAUAAUAGCAGAGGUGCAGCCAUCUGUUUCAAAUGAAGAAGAUACACAUCACGAUAGACUAGAUACUCGUACUGAUAGCAGUCCAUCAUUGCUGGCCAAACAUUUAUUUACUGGUUUGGAUGCAGCUCCACCAAACACAACUGAACAAGAUUCUUCAACGAAUAUUCUAUUAACGGAAGCAGAUGUUAUCAAUACUCCUACAAUACAGUCACCACAGCGACCCAGACUUGAAUGUGUUCCUGAGACAUCGCAUUUGUCUUCACGGCCAAGUGAAGUACGCAUAGUGUCUCAAAGCCCCAUGCCAAGAGCACAUGUUGUGCCCAGCACCCCUCCAAGAGUUGGUUCGCCAGAAAAAAUGGAAAUUGACAAUAUCACAAUUCGUAAAAGGAAGACAAAGGAUUCUUUUGAUUGCUCCUUUAUAUCACACAGAUCGGAUUGCAGAAGACACAGCCUACCUGAUCUAUCGAUUGGUUAUGACAGUGAUCCAGACGAAUUAAGGGAAGAAAUAAAAAAUUUACAGAAGAAAUUGGAUAGUGCUAAUGGUGAAAUUGAUAACUUAAACUAUGAAAUAUAUAACUUAUCUAAAAAAUUAAAAGAUCGGCAAAAAAACUAUAGAAAACCAAAAAAACUUGCUACCGAAUCCACUACUAGCUCUAAAAAAUAUAACUCUACGAAAAAAAAUUGUUAA